AUGAACAACAAUUUGUAUAGGAAAAAAUUGGAGGGGAAUUAUGAGGACUCGAACGCAUCAGAGGCUUCUCCGUUAUAUAAUAACAAUGAUAGCUCCCGGUACUCAGGUUAUACCACUUCCCCUAUAAAGCACCAAAGUACUGCACCCAAAGAUAAUCUACAGAACAUAUAUUUAACCCCUAACAUUAUAGCUCCUUCAUCUUCAAAUGUCAAUUUAUGGAAGCCAAUGACAGAAUCAUUACAAACACAAACUAUACAACCCAGCUCACCUGUAAUUAAUAAUAGUCCAAUCGAUUUUUCAAAUAAAUCCAGUACCAUAAUAACAUCAGACGAAUAUAUUCCAACAAAUCCCAACGUAUACACUUUAUGUGAUAAAAAUAUUUGCAAAAUUGAUCAUAAAGAGAUCCCACGGCCACUAGAUAAUUUGAAGCGUUUUAACGAUGAAAACGAAAGUGUGACAAGAUACAAUACUAGUGAGAUAAAUGGGCCGCUAAAUAAUUUGGAUUCUUGCUACAUAGUUGACGAUGGCAAUGCAUCGCCUAAAUUCAUGCGUACUACGCUGUAUCAGUUGCCAAGAUUUUCAGAUUCCCUGGAAAAUUGCCACAUACAAUUUGCUAUAAUCGUCCAGCCAUUUGCUCCCACUGCGGUAGGCCAAGAAGUCCCAUUAAUAGAUAUAAACGAAUCAUUGGGUGUUAGCGACCCGGAUAGGCAGUAUCUAAUUAGGUGUAAAAAUUGCGGCGCUUACAUAAACUCAUUUGUUCUGAGUAAAUCAGAAAACGCAGGCAAAAUUUGUAAUUUGUGUGGUACGCAUUAUAUUCUCAAUGAUCAUGAAAAGGAAGUUCUCGACAAAUUAUGCAAUGAGACAUAUCAUAAUCCUCGUAUUUUAUGCGGAAGCGUGGAUUAUCUUGCCCCUCCUAGUUAUCAUUCUAGGAAAACAAAGAUGAUAAACACUGAGCAGCAAACAAUGAAUGGCAUGAGCAUGUUAAGUUUAUCAGCCAAUGAACCAUCCAGUAAUAAUUUUGGGGGAUCACCUACAAGAUCAAUUCAAUCAGUUAAAUCUUCAAUGACAGAGCCUAUUAUGCAUGACAUUUUAAGUAAUCACAAAAACAAGGCGCCAUCUCAUAUAUUAAUAAUAGAUUGCAACAAAACUUCCAAAUCACUCAAUUUGAAAUCUACCGUUUUACAGGGCAUAAAAUAUUGUUUGAGCCAAGGUGAUAUCAAUAAUUUUGAGCAAUUGGAAUUGUGUAUAAUUACCUAUACUAAUAAUAUACAAUUCUACACAUACAAACAUGGAUUUAAAAAUGUCCUCAUAGUUUCUGAUGAUGAGCCCUUCAUUCCUUGUCCAUUAGAUGACAUCUUUGUUAGUAUCGGGUACAAUAAAAUUGAGGACAUUUUCAGUUACUUAGAUGGCAUUUGCAAUUUUGAUGCAACUGGAGAUAAUACUAAAGAAUGUGGAGCGGCAGCUAUGCAGCUGGCUGUUCACAUUCUUGCGGAAAGAGGGACCAGUGGCACAGUUACCGUAUUUUAUGCUAACCCGCCAAAUAUCAGUAGCGAAACACAUGGUACAAAUUCCUUUGAUUCGGAAAUUAAGAAGUUCUAUAAUGGAAUUGUCCUACAAUGUUAUGAAUCAAAUAUUGCAAUUGAUGCUUAUUUUUGUCUCCCAUCUGAAAUGCUGGUCAACUUCGCCAGUAAUACUUACCUGUCUAUCCAAACCGGGGGAAAGUUUAAAAUAUACAGCAAAUUUGAUUACAGGAGGGAUUAUGUGAGCCUGUACCAAGAGAUCUAUCGCAAUUUAACGAUGCAGUAUGCUUAUGGUUGUGAAUUGAGGCUUAGGUGUAACAAGGGGCUUUUUGUCAAGGAUAUGCUCUGUCCCCAAACUAUACCAAAGGCUAUAGUUGAUAAGUAUACAUUAAAAAUACCACGUAUUUCUCCUGAUUGUUCUAUUGCAUUUGUGAUGGGAAUGGACGAUAUUCCCGAAGGGAGAAAUGCAGUCUAUGUCCAAUGUGCCUGUUUACACCUAAAUACCGCUGGUAAAACUUGUGUGAGGGUACAUACAUUGGAAUUGUCUGUUACAACAUCGACCAAUAAAGUGUACAAGUAUUCGGAUGUUGAAUCUAUAAUCAACAUUUAUAUGCGUACCCUUGCAUACAAUCUGUUGAGGUUCAAACGGUCCAUAAGGAUUAAUGUGCUAAAUGAAAUGGUGGAAAUCUUGAGCGCCUAUAGGCGUCUUUGCGUUGCAUCUACACCGGCAAAUCAACUAAUCCUCCCUGAUUCGCUAAAAUUGUUGCCUCCCUUUUGUAUGGCAGCAUUCAAAUUAAUCGCAUUAUACAACGAUACAGAACUCACGCAUAUUAAAAGUGUUUUGUAUAGAUCUCUGAGUUGGGGCGUUUCUCAGACUAUGUACAUUUUCCCCAAACUUUACAGCCUAGGCCGUGAUUACAACUUCAUCGAGGACAAUGUGAAAUUUGAGCUAGUACCAACUAGUGGGGAAUAUGUAUAUUCCGAUGGAAUGUAUCUACUUGAUAAUGGAAGUGAGAUACUUUUGUACUUUGGGAUACAUGUUUCGCUGAAUGUGUUGAAGAAAUUGUUCGGGCCAAACUUCAAUAACAGCAAUUGGAUGGAUGCCAUAUUCAUUAACAAGCACAACGAUAGCAUAUUAUGGGCUGACGCGGAGAUUGGAAAGUCUGAGUUGGCAGGCAAGAUACAAAACUGCAUUGAUCUCCUGCGUAAACACGAUAAGUCGGAAUAUUUUAAGCAGUUGCGGGUUAUCGCACCAAAAACUCGUGGGGAGGAGAUAUUCAAAACCUUUCUAAUUGAGGAUUCUUACAAGCUAGAACCCUCCUACAUGAACUUCCUCUGUGAUAUACAUGCCAAAAUUCAUUCGAUGAUUGAUCACAACCGCUAG